GACUGUAAUCAGAGAACUAUUCGACCACUGAGCUGAUAGAUGUUCAUACAGCCAAUACUGGAAGCUUUUACAGAAAUACUAGGACAAACGAUAGAUGAACAAGGAGAAGUUUUUUUUAAUGCAAUGCACCAUGGUGUGAAACUUUUAUCAAAAAGCUCUACCAAGUAUUUAGAAGGAAAUAAUUAGGCCGGGAAGAAGAAGAAGAAAAAAAUUGAAAUGAAUUUCAACCAAAAUGUUGAUACUGACUUAAACAACUGAUUUAAGCAAAAGAUCCAAGGGCUUUCUACUGAAGUUCAGAAGCAGGAGUGAAACUGAAAGAAGGUUUCUUGGACACCUACUAGACUGUGACAUACCAGCACUGGAAAAGUGACACUUACAACAUGAGCAAUACGAUAAAAUCAAACUGUGGUGAUGCACAGAUGAACUCUUCUAUCGGUGGCAAACAGGAUCCAAGCGUGACAUAUCCAAGUGAGAACCUGGGCAGUAGGGCUGGUCUCCAUGGAAACUCCAAAAUCACCAAAGAACUCAGUCCAGAAGAGCAGCAGGAACUAAGGAGGAAGAUUAACAACCGUGAGAGGAAGAGGAUGCAGGACCUGAAUGUUGCUAUGGAUGCUCUUAGAGAGGUGAUGGUGCCUUACUCUGCUGCCCACCAGCAUGGUUCUCCUGGUAGGAAGCUCUCCAAGAUCUCCACCCUUGUCCUGGCCAGGAACUACAUCCUCUUGCUUAGCUCCUCACUGCAGGAGAUGAAGAGGCUGAUUGGAGAGAUGAGUGGACCUGCGCCCAGGCUUCUGCUGGCUGGAUGGCCACUGUUCACAACGCAGGGAUCCCUGCUUCUGACCUCUGACACCAUCAUGGCUAGCAAGUGCCCACUGCUGUCCUCAGGGGACCACCAGUAUUCCCAGCUACAGUGGUCGAAUGGUGGCCCCGUCUGUCCGUGUGCCAUGUGCAGGCUGCCUCGCUUCAUCCAAUCUCUCCCCAAUCCCAGGUUUUCAAAAUGAGCUCUUCUGUUUUGACAGUUUUCUUGACAUUUUUAGCUUUUUGACAUUUGCGAAGAAACAGUACACUGCUGGCUGUCUGUUAUGUUUUUGUUUUUGUUUUGUGUUUACAACAUUCUGUUUUAGUUUCUGAGAAUUGUUUUAUUUUUAUACUAAAAAGGGUAUUAAGGGAUAUUUUUGUUUCACUGUGUAUGCAGGGUAUUUGGAGACUAAUCCAUGGCAGCUUUUAGAAACAUCUUGCUGUGAGAAGAGAUUUGACCAUGUUCGUAAUGAUACUCCAAGAAAUUGGAGGCUUGGUCGAGUGAAAGUGGAAAUAUCUAUCUAACUAUAUUAAUCAAUAAAAAAUAAAAAUAAAAAUAAAAUAAACACACUUACAUAGAGGACAUACCUACAUAAUACUGUACAAUGAUUAACAUUUGAUAUGUCUUUACUGAGAAAAUGUGAGAUUUGUAAUAAAAUUAGUUUGCAUUAUAAAUCAGAGACUAAUGUUUUAAUUAAUUUUCCAGUUUUUUUAAAAAAAGACUCAUCCAGUACUGUAUAAUCAUAACAUUUUAUACCUAUUGUAAACUUACCGACUAUCAUAUCAUAACACUAAUAUGGUAGUGGGGUGAGAAUUUUAGUGAGUAGACUGCUUGAAUUCUAAACUGUCUGUAAAUUGGUUUAUAAUGGAAAACUGCUGCCUGUUGGUUAGGAAAAGUGACUAGACUAUUCAAUAUAUGUCUCAAUGUGAAUGUUUGGAUAUAUUACUGUAAUUAAUUCCUUAUAUCAGACACACAGGUCUGGAAUAGCUAUCCUGGAAUAAAAUGUGUUCAAGGA